UAUUGCUAUAUAAGCCAUCGUUGAUUGUAUAAUGGAAUAAAAAUAAAUGGGAUGAAUGAAAUAACCUUUCCUACGGAUUUCAUAUUUUCUGAUAGUAAGUUGUAAAUGACAAUUAAUAUUUAAUCAAAAACAAAGUUUGUUUAUUUUACUUUAGAUAAUAAAAUGCAGACGAUCAGUGAAAGUAAAAGUCUACAUAUUAAUUAUUUUUUUUAAAUAGGUUUUUAAAGAAUCGGUAAAAACUAACAGAAUUCAUCUUAGAAGUAAUAAAUUCAAGCAGAGGUGUGAGACAAGAAUUAUGGAGGUAAUAAGAGAGAAAAGGAAUGGAUGUAUUGCACAAGGAAACCAGGAUGAUAAUUACUACAAACUGAAAGAAAAGGGAAAGAAGUUGAUGUGCAUUGAAGCUGAAGUAGAGGUCCCCCAACUUAAAGUUAAUAAAUUGGAUGAAGAUAAUCAUGAAGUGAUGCUACAGGAAUUUUGUGAAGAUACUGAGGAAUUAAAAAUGACUAUAAGAGAAAAUAAUAAGUCACUUUUGCUGUUGAACAAUGAAAUUAAUAUACGAGAAGACCUAAUAAGUAAGAAAAAUGAAGAAAAUGCAAUACUGCGUAAUAAUAAUGAAACACUUGAAAAAUCAUUACGAGAUAAAAAAAUGGAAAAUGAACAAAUCAAAAAUAAAUUGAGUAGAAGUCAGGAGAAUACACAAAAUAAAGAUAUCUAUAUUUUGAACCUUCAGGAAAGGUUGCAAAAUAAUACGAAUGAAAAGAAACUUCUUGAAGGGCAUAUAAAAGAAGUUGAAGAGCAAAAUCAAAAGUUGAUAAAGCAAAUAGAUGAUAAAGAUAUUCUAAUGACAGAAGAUAAACAGAAAAUUAAAGAACAAAUGGAUGAAAUUAUGGCAAAUAAAAAGCUUCAGCAAUCACAGAUAAUGAACGACAAUCUGUAUUUGUUCAUCAUUGUUAUGCUCCUAAUUUUGAUAUUUACAGGGAUAUUAAUCUAUCUGCUCUCUACUUAUUCCUGGUAUCAUCCAGGUACUAUCAUAAUGACGGCAGCAAUUGGUAUGAUGAUAAUCAAAUUGUUAAUAACUGGUAAAGAUAUAAAUAUUUGGUAUAACAAGUAUAAGACUGAAAAGUAAAAACAUUAAAUCAAAUCUGGCAUAAGCAUAAAUAGAUAGUUUACAUUAUAACAAUGUGAAGACAGUUGAGAAAAUAAAAUACUUUCUGAAGAGAGAAAUUUAGUAUUUUGUCAUAAUUGUGAAUUCAUAUUUGUCAGUAUUUAAUAUUUGAUGUUGCUGGUAGCUA